AUGAACAAAUUCAUCCUUUUUGCCACCAUCGCUUCGUUGGCCUGCGUCGCUCAUGCGGUGCAUCCUCAAAGCGCUCAUGCAGAAACGCUCAAACACAACAACCAACUAAGUCAAGAUGGCAGCUAUAAACUGGAUUACUCAACCUCGAAUGGCAUAAGCGCUCAAGAGGAGGGCUAUGGUGGUCAUCAUGCUAGUGGUGGUUUCUCUUAUUACUCGCCAGAAGGUGAACUGAUUCAGCUUUCGUAUUUAGCCGAUGAGAAUGGAUUCCAACCGCAAGGCAAUCACUUGCCAACUCCGCCACCAAUUCCACCACAGAUCCUCAAGUCAUUGGAAUAUAUUCGUGCGCACCCAUACGAUGAGAAUGCCGCACAUCAUCGCCAGCAGCAAGCCCAACAGCAAUCUCGGCCACAACAGCAACUUCGUCACCAACAAUUUCAUCAUGUGGCCGCCCCUAGUCAUCAAGUGAAUAGCUUCCGUUAUCCAGCGCAACAUAGACACUUUUGA